GAAGGCCACAAAGGUGAUGGGCUGCCGGGUAUUCCCAGACCCAAGGCAAACCUCCGCGAGGGCGCAGGUCCAGCCUUCGCGUGGUUUGUUUUUCUCCGACGCCUUGAGCAGGCCAAGCCGUGCGGUGUGGGUGUGGGCUUCCCUGCUUGAGCGCUUCUCGUGCACCCGACCCACUUCUCUCCUCGUGUCUCCAGGUGUCAUCGGGCUGGUGGCCUUGUACCUGGUGUUCGGUUGUGGAGCCUCUCUACUCUGCAACCUGAUAGGAUUUGGCUACCCAGCCUACAUCUCAAUUAAAGCCAUAGAGAGUCCCAACAAAGAAGAUGACACCCAGUGGCUGACCUACUGGGUAGUGUAUGGUGUGUUCAGCAUUGCCGAAUUCUUCUCCGACAUCUUCCUCUCCUGGAUGCCCUUCUACUACAUGCUGAAGUGUGGCUUCCUGCUGUGGUGCAUGGCCCCCAGCCCCUCGAACGGGGCAGAACUGCUCUACAGACGCAUCAUCCAACCUUUCUUCCUGAAGCACGAAUCCCAGGUAGACAAUGUGGUGAAUGACUUGAAGGACAGAGCCAAAGAGACUGCAGAUGCCAUCGCUAAAGAAGCCAAGAAAGCUGCCGUGAAUUUACUGGGUGAAGAAAAGAAGAGCACCUAAGCCACUGAUGGAGGAAACCUUCCUGCCCUCUCUGUACCUUCCUAUUAGAGCUUGAUGUUGUGUUAAGGACUGUGGUAUAAUCAUUUUAAUAAUGUUGCCUUGGAAACAUUUUUGAUAUAUUAAAAAAAGGAAUGUGUUGUAAGGGUUUUCUUUUUGUUUGUUUUUGCUCACUUGGACUGUCUCUAUACUUAGGGAGCAUUGAAAUUUAAAUUUAAUGCAAUGGGCUGUGUCCAAAUUUUCAGAAAAUAUAUUUUGCCUCUGGGUAGGAAAAGACAUGUUACUUAAAUCUAAAAUUCAAGUAAACUUAUACAACCCAACAGGCUUUGUACUUCGAUCGGCUCUCUCUGCAUGCAUUUUCUCUGUACUUGUAUUUCAGGAUACUCUUUAAGGUUCUACUUCGUGUAACGUACAAUUUUGUAUGAAGUGUUUUUCAUGUAUUUGCGCACACACAUAGGUAGGGGAGUGUUACUCUCCUGUGCUCAUGGAGAGCACCUGCCAAACGCUGAAGGUUCCAUUGUGCUGGUGUGAUCUGCUAAACAAUACUUCAGGAAAUUAAUACAUACAAGUGACAUUUCAAAUGGACAUUUAAGUGAUAAAUGAGGUUGAAUGGAGGUUGGCCUGGUUGUUUUUCUAAUAUUGUAGCAGCUGAACACUAGAACAGUCACUUUGGUGAUAAAUGGGGACAUGUACACACACACAGCAGGAAUCGACAGCUCCCAGGUCCCUGCAGAACUAGUGAUACAGUCUUGUGGCCUUUUAAAUACCUGCAUAUAAGCUAUAGCUUUGUCAGUUUUUGAGAUACUAAAAUGGAAACCACCUCUGGUUUCACCUUCAAGGCUAACAUGUUGGCUUAGUCUUGUGUCUCGCCCAGUCUUUUCUAAAACCAGUGUAAGGAACCUCCAGAGACUUGCGCACCUCUGAUUACAUGUACAUUCUUGUUUAUAUCAUUAGCUAGCAGCUACAUGCUAAUGAUGACACAGGCUCUACGAGCACUUGUGGGAGAUGGGAAGGAAGUGUGUUAUAACCUAUCCUGCUCCAGUUGGCAGUGGCUAAGGCAGACUGCCUUCACCUUCUUUCUCUGCCCUUUAAGGUCAAACACAGGAGGCCUCCCUACUUUGCAAGUCAGAAUCAUUGGUAGUCCAUGUAAAUGCCUUCAUCUUUAUGCUUUGUUUUGAUAAAUUGCACAUAACUACAUAGUUUAAGUAUAGUACAAUUAAAAAUCAGUGUCUCCAGGUUGAUCAGCCAAGUAGCUUAUAUAGUGACCACGACAAUUUGUCUGGACUAGAAAAACUGAGCUUUACCUCAGCCAUACUGCUGGGAUCCUCUGAAUUAGAUGAAACUAAAACAAGAGUAGCACAAAACUACCGAGAUUAAAUAUCCAGCCUGUAAAAUAUUUUUUGAGGCAAAUAAAGAUGAUUAGUUUUCCUUUUGAUAACAGGUAAGAUAAUGAUGUCUCAUGAUGUAAAAAAUAUUAGAUAUCAAAAAUACGGGACAAUAUCACUCAAAUAUUAUACUGUGGAUCAGGGCAUUUAUUUAUUUUUUCUGAGAAAAGUAGUAGUGAUCAUAACGCAUCUUAUUAAACUUACCUUAAAGGGAAAAAAACAAAACUUUUAGAGAGCAAACAAUUAUUGGGAGAAAAUCAAGCCUCAGAUUUAAAAAAAAAAAAAGUACUUCUAGGAGUAUUUAAAUCCUUUUCCCCGUAAAUAAAGUACACUUUUCUUGGUGGCAAAAGAAUGAAAAUUAGCAGCUUUUAGCACACAGAACCUAUAGAUUGUUAGUAUAGAUAAUGUAUUAUCAGGAAAGAUGGGAGUCAUAAGUUACUUUGCUCAUAACUAGGCUAAUACCUGUUUGAAAACUAUAGUAAGAAAAUAUAUUCUGAAUGCAAAUUGUUUGUCCUGAUAGCUUUCUACUAUGUGCAUUCUGGAAGAAAUCUGUUGCUGUUUUUGGCAGUCCAAGCAUACAUAUUAGAGACAGGACAAGCUAAGAGUUGAACAAGUCUGCCUCGGUUUAGAUUUCCCAAGUAAUAUAUUGCCAUGGCUAGAAUAUUUGAGAAACUAAUCGAGCCUGUGUCUAGCUAGAAGCGGAGCAUUUAUUUGUACAUGAAUGGUAUUUUGGGGGGAAGUCAAAUUACAGAAUCCCUACGGCCAUUCUUCCUCAGCGUGAAAGGUUUCAGAUCAUCAGUUACUGCUACUUGGGAGUCUCCUGCCCACAGCCUGGAGAACACGAGCUUAGCUUGAGUAAGUUACCGCCUAUCCUGAAGAUGUGAUAUAUUAAAUGGAAAUGGAUGUAAAUAAAGUUCCAUUAUCUCAUUGA